UCUGAAAUUUCUUUCGUCAACAUUGUCGUUGACGCUUCUUAGCGUUUAAUAUCGACAAAAUUUGCUUUAUUUGCAGGUUUUCGGUAUCCUUUCUUCAUUUUGUAUUUGCGUGAGUUAUGCAUAAACUCAUGCUUCUUCAAAUUUUGAUCGGAUUUUCCGUCUUGGCGACAGCGAUCCCAAAGCCGGAGAACGAACCCAAGUCACGAGUUAUUAACAAGGAGCCAAGUGAAGAGGACCAUUUUGUCAAUUCUCAACAUAACCCAGCCUAUGAUCAUGAAGCUUUCCUUGGUGAAGAAGCAAAAACAUUUGAUCAGCUUACCCCUGAAGAAAGCACAAGAAGAUUAGGAAUAAUAGUUGACAAAAUAGAUAAGGAUAAAGAUAGUUAUGUUACUGGAGAAGAACUUAAAGAUUGGAUAUUGCAUACACAAAGACGUUAUAUACGAGACAAUGUUAACCGACAAUGGAAAUCUCACAAUCCAGAGGAAAAAGAAAAACUUCCAUGGACAGAGUAUAUGGCAAUGGUCUAUGGAGACAUGGAUGAACAUGAAGUUGAAAAUCAUGAAAAGUCCAAAGAUAAUUCCUUUUCGUAUAUAGCCAUGUUUAAGAAAGAUCGCAGACGUUGGACAGCUGCAGAUGUAGAUGCUGAUGAUGCUCUUACAAAGAAAGAAUUUGCUUCUUUUCUUCAUGCAGAAGAGGCUGCUCAUAUGAAAGAUGUUGUGGUAUUGGAAACUAUGGAAGAUAUUGAUAAAGAUGGAGAUGGCAAAAUAUCUCUUUCAGAAUAUAUUGGUGACAUGUAUGAAGGUACAGAGGGUGAAGAAGAACCAGAAUGGGUGAAAAAUGAAAAGGAGCAGUUUUCUAUGUACCGUGACAAAAACAGUGAUGGUUUCUUAGACUUUGAAGAGGUUAAAACAUGGAUUAUUCCAGCAGACUUUGAUCAUGCAGAGGCUGAAUCUCGACACUUGAUAUUUGAAGCAGAUACAGAUGCAGAUCAAAAACUUACAAAGGAAGAAAUAUUAGAAAAAUAUGAUAUUUUUGUUGGUUCCCAAGCAACUGAUUUCGGAGAAGCAUUAGCCAGGCAUGAUGAAUUUUAACAAAAAACCUGUAUAAUUUCUAAAUAAUUCUUUUACGA